UCCUGGCACUCCUUGAACUGGAAUGAACAUCAUUUGUCAAAUCCUUCAUGUAAUUGAAAAAAAAAUGAAUUUGGUAUGAUACAAAUGCAGCAUUCAGUUGGUAUAUAAGGAGUAAGUCACGCAGUUACAUGCAUCAGUGAGGGAUGCAACAAUGAAGCUGGUCAUUUUUAUACUCAUUUUGAGUGCUGUCCAUGUAGGUGGGUCAAAUGUGAUGUGUAAUUCCAGAAGUCCAGAAUCUCCUCCAUGCAGCCCCAGUGAGCCAUGCCGUUGUGUUGUGUGGUAUAGUCCCCUAACACGGGACCAACAAGGAAAACCUUAUAUUAGACCACCGUUGACCGGCUGCUUUUGUGAUCCUGAGGGAGCAGAAAAGCCUGUUUGGACAUUCUUUAAUAAACCAGUGGGAUCUACAUAUGGAUCUUUAAAUGAACAACCAGGACCUCCAGAUACACAAAGUCAACAUGGAACCCCAGGGUCAAGCAGGCAACCAGGACCCCCAGGAUCACACAGGCAGCCAGGACCCCCAGGAUCCCCAGGAACAAGCAGGCAACCAGGACCCCCAGGAUCACACAGGCUACCAGGACCCCCAGGAUCCCCAGGAUCAUACAAGCAACCAGGACCCCCAGGUUCACCUGAGCAACCAGGACCCCCAGGUUCACCUGAGCAACCAGGACCCCCAGGAUCACACAAGCAACCAGGACCCCCAGGAUCACACAAGCAACCAGGACCCCCAGGUUCACAUGAGCAACCCGGACCCCCAGCCUCAUCUAAGCUGCCAGGACCCCCAGGUUUCAACAGUCCUCCAGGACCCCCAGGGUCAAACACACAACAUCCACCAACAAUUGUACCAAGAGGACCUCCAGGAUCACAAGAAUGACCUACCCCCCUGGACAGCGGGAUACCAUGACCACACAAGGGCAACCAGGCCCCCAGCCUUAUAGGGCAAAUUAACCAAGGUCUCCAAAACCUCAGCAUGUUUCAUGGGUUAGGAUAUUCCAAAAAUCCCAAACUUGAAUAAUGUAUUGAUUAUUUAUAAUAAAUAUAUCAAAACAUUUUAUCUUCUAUUUAUUUGUAAAUAAGUCAUUAUUAAAAAAACAGUAUCUUAUAAAUGGCUGUAUUUGAAUUUAUCUAUCAAAAAGAUAAACUAUUCAGGUUGCUUCACUAGCAAUUGCAGAAUUCAAAGGAUGUGAAAACUUCAAAAAUUGUUUUAACCAUAACUUAUAUUUAUUUGUAUACAUGUAUAAUAACAUACAGUGAAUGAGAGAAGAAGGAGACAAGUAUUUAAUUAGCAUUCACAAAGUUCUCCUAAAUGUAUGUGAACCUUAAGGCACAUAAUUUCAGCAAAAACUAGUGUCAUUAUUUGCUGCUGAAUAUUAAAUACCGCCAGUGAUGCUGUCAACCAUCAGCACACUCACAUCGCAGUUUGAUAUUGCAUUUUAAAAAUUGAUUUAGGAAGAUGUCACAUUUCUGCAGGACAAAUAGUCCACUUUUUACAGGUAAUACUUGAUUGUUAAUGAAAUGAAAUAUGUACAAAUAAAUACUGAUGAUAAGAAAGCGCACCAGCUUAGAGGACAUAGGAUAAAAUAGGAAGCUAUCAGAGGAAUAUCUGAUUUUUACAUUGUCAUCAAAUAUGAGCUAUAGGUAAUAUCACUGAAUCAUCAAUAUCACUGCAUAAAUAAAGUUGCUUAAAGUGAAGUUAAAAUUGAUUUUAACAAAUUAAUAUCUCUUUCUGAGCAUUCAAUUUAUGAUCUUGAAUUUUCAAAAUCUUUUAAAAAUAAAUCUUUUAUCAAAAUGUCAAUCAUAAAUUAUAUUUGGAGUGCCAGAUAUCUCUGUGAAAAUGGCUUAUUAGCAAACAAUACUCAUGGGUGUUAUUUUCUAGGACAAAAAUAUACAAACAUUUGAAAAAAAAGCUUAAUGUAGUAUGUUUUACUUGAGCCAAAAGAAAAUAUAUCUGCUUUUUUCUAUUUCAGAUAACAUCAAUCAAUGUGGCAUCACUUAAAUGAAUGCCAAACACCCUGAGUUUCCCAGAUUUCUGGAAACACAUGUAUUAUCAGCAAGCCUUUGCCAUCUCCAGUCACUUUUGAAUUAAUGGAUUUGAUUUACUUGGAAACCAAAGCAUGUGGUAUUUGGUUAAAGGCUUCUGGAAACUGCAGAGGAAUGAUGAUAAUAGAAAUGAAUUUUCAGUA